UAGCUACCGCCUUGUGUUUCGCGUAUCUCGUACGUUCAAAAUUAGGAAUUCAACACGCGUAAUUUUAUAUUUGUGUAUACAAUAUUUUUUAAGAAGUUUUAUAAAACAAGAAAAUUUCGAUAAAAUGUCUAUAGCGCAAAAAAUCUUUAAAAAGACACCAGUUUAUGUUGUCGAAUCCCAUAAUGAGGUUUUGCCUUUUAUUUACCGUUGUAUUGGAUCAAAGCAUCUUCCUUUCGAAGGAAAUACCUUUAUUCAUUUAGAUUCGCAUCCGGAUAUGCUUGUUCCUAAGGACAUGAACGCUGAUACAGUUUGGAAAAAAGAAGAGUUAUUUGAUGAAAUCAGUAUUGAAAAUUGGAUGUUACCUGCUGCUUAUGCUGGCCAUUUUAGUAAUUUGGUUUGGGUGAAGCCUCCGUGGGCUCAUCAAAUGACAGAUGGAAUCCGAACUUUUUUCAUUGGCAAGCACAAGGAAAGCAGGACAAUAAGGCUGACCUGUCCAGAGCCGUACUUUGUAAGCGAGGCUCUCUUCUGCCUGCCAGAAGAGCUCGAGAAUACGCGCGAGGUGACACUCUGCGUGAUUACCGUUGGAAAAUUUAUUACCGAGCCUAACCAGAAAGACGACUUUGGAUCAAUAGCCAGCACGCUGCGUAAAUUUUUGCCGGAAAAGGACAUGCCUUACAUCUUGGACGUGGACCUGGACUUUUUCAGCACAAAAAAUCCGUUUCACGGUAUGUACGAGCGAGUGAAUCUUUACAACAAGCUGGUCAAGCUGUACGAGUUCAAGCGGCCGUCGAGCCACGAUCCCGAGAUAUUGAAGGAAGUAAGCGCGGCGAGAGCCGCACAACUAGAGGAGCUGGAAGGAUAUUUUUUGCUGUUGGAUCAAUCGAGAAACUUGGACGAUUAUGAUGGACCAGUGACUCCCCGAUUAGAUGCAGUUCGUGAUCUCUACAAUGAACUAACUAGAGAGUAUAAGGAUUCUGAAAUCGACUGGCUGCUUAUUCAUAAUGCUGGUUCUACAAUUGAUGAUACUGAGCUUCCGUAUCACAUAACUAGUAAAGUGGAUCUCGACCGUUUAAUCGAAGGAACGUUCAAGUCAUUUCUCAAUGCUUUACCUGCUCCUCCUACCAUAGUGACCAUUGCAAGGUCCUGCGUUGAUGAAUAUUGCCCAGAAGAGGAUGUCGAGCAGAUUCAAGCCGGUGUUUUGGAUGAAUUGCGUCAGCGCAUUGGCUCGGAGGUGAACGUGCGCCUAGUUUAUCAAGACGAUCGAGAAAUCCACUAAUUAUCAACGUCUCAUUGCAUGCAUUUUUUUUCUCUACACAUUCCUUUUUCUAUUUUUUUCAAGUAUCACACGUUUUUCAUUAUAAUUUAUGAUUUUUUUUGUACCAUUUUGAUAUUCAGAGCUUCGCCUUUAGUCUAAUAUAUUUUCAAGAAUUAUGUAAACGGAUGCCAGUCGUGAAAAUAGCGAUGAAUCAUAUGAUUUAGAUAGCCUGUUUUUAACAAUCAAUAAUGUCUUGAAAUUUUUAUCAACUAAAAAACCUUUUAUAAUAUGUAUUUGUAAACGUAUUCAGCUUAUAACGAUGUUGGAAG